UGGUGAAAUAUAUUUGCUUUCGGUUCAAAAAUAAUAAUAAUAAUAAUAAUAAUAAAGAGGCGAGAUUCUCUCUCUAGCCAUGGGAAAGAGAGGGCGACCGCCAAAACCUAUCGGAAAAGACACCGGAGAUGCGAUUGCUACACCGUCGAUUGAAGAGAAGGCAACAAAAAAGGAAGACCCUGAGGUUUCGAACAAGAAAUCACCUACUGGAUGUGCUACACCCAUCCAACCACAACCAGAUCUGGAGAUCGAGGAGUUGAUCGCGACAAAGGAAGAGGCUGAGGAUAAGUCUGAAGAAAAAAAAAGCUACGCUGAUGUUGUUGGUAUGCAGGAUGACCUGAAUUUUGCCCUGAAGUUUAUCCCGAUUGAAGAAAAUGAAGGCCUGCGUAUAGUCAAACUAACAACAGAGGAUGUGAUUGAACCGG